GUUGCUUCAAUGGAGAACAGGGUUUCUUAUAACUAUGCUGAAUCAGAUAUUAAACUUAGUGAUCCUAAUUUUUCUGGGAUCCAGGUCCAGAAAACAGUUCAGGCGUCUGGAUAUUAUCCAGUGACUUCACAACUGGAUCAGCUUCAGCAACCGAAGCUACAAUUCGUUCAAGUAGGUACCCAUUACAUACCCCAGAAUCCUGUUGGGAUGUUGCCAGUUUCAUCAUACUACCCAAUGUACCAUCCGCAGCUGCAUCAGCAGCAGCUGCAACACUUACACUAUCAGCCCAAUCAGCCGUACCCGAUAUACAUCUUGCCUGCUGCACCAGCACAACCUUACAAUUUGCCAAUGCACGGUAGCUCAUACCCUAUAGCUCAUGGUCAUCCCCCGUUGUAUCCAAAUGCUUCCUGUAUCCCUCCCCAAGCAACUCAGAACGAACCUAUUAAAGCUGGUGUUUCAUCUGAUUUUGCUUCACGAGUGUACAGACCAGUCCAUUCAGAAAUGCCACAUCAUGGAGGAGUGCCACUUAUCAAUGUUCCAUAUGAUGGAAAUCAGCAACAACCAUCAGGUGUUUCUGAAAUGCAGCAUGAAACUGUUGCUAUUGCUUCCAGGGAAUCUCCUAAAUACAGUAAUCAGCCUGAUAAUGACCCUGCACGUGACCUGAUAUACAAAUCUCAGCCUUCAGCACCGUCAUUGGCUUACCAAAGCAUGACCAAAGAUACAAUACAUUUAUCGGAAGCCUUGACUCAGUUUCAUAUAGACAACCGUAAACAACAGACUGGGAACUUGGACUCACAAUAGUUAUACUUUCUAGAAGGAACGAUUUUGUGAGAUGUUUAGUGGUAACUCCAACUUUCUUUGUUGGCUCUCAUUUUGGCAUGUGAAUGUGUUAUUCGUUUGUUGUAGCAACAAAGAACUUGAAUCUUCUUUUUCUUCUUUUUUCCCACCUUUUUGUUGUCUGUUCUAUGCUGUAAUUUGAUAGUAUAUGUAUUUAAGUAUAUACUAGAAGUCACAGAAGAGUGAUGCAUAAGUUCAAUCUAAUGUAAGAGGAUUUAUUUAACUCUUUUAAAGUGCCAAUGUGCUAGUAUCUCAACCUAAUGAAUUCGUGUGUGCCGCAAAUAGAUUUGCUGAAGGACUUAACUUUCUGUUCUCAAAUAUAUGAAA